UAACAAGUCACCAAUUUUUUAACGCUUCAUUUUCUUGUCUCGGAUUCGAAAGAAAUAUUGGCGGGUUCCAUUGAGAGCGCGGGUAUUAAGUUCGUGAUUCUUCUGGGGACUUUCUGGCAUAAGCUUGUUUUCAUGCACUGAUGAGAGACCCAAUUUCACCGUCAUAGUAACUGAGAAAAAACAUAUAUAUUCUUUGUGUUUGACGUAUUUAUUUUCAAAUGAAAAUGUUCAUCUAAUUUUUCUUACGUAGUCGAAUAGCAAAAAAACAAGAAAAGAAUCUUAUUUUCAAUGUUAAAAUUACCAACGACAUCAUUUCUAUCAUUAACAUUAUUAUUAGUACUACUGUUGUUAUCAUUACCAUUGUUAAUUCUUCUUUUUACAAAAUGACUAUUUCAAAUAAAUUUGGAUGUCUUUCAAUUAUCCAUCCAAGUGUAUUAUUACUUAUUCCUUUAGUGUUAUUCAAUACAACUAGCGCCAGUUUGCAGAUUAUACCGCAUUUCACCAGCCUACCUCCAUCUAUCUCACAAUUUGUAUAUCCAUCAACCGAUGGUACCAGUUUCCCACCACUUGAACUUGUAUGUCGAGCAUGGCCACCUAAUUCUAAGCUGCAUAUUUUAGCCCAACAAUUGACAUCUCCAGGAUUCACUGAUCCAACAUUUGGUGCAAAUCCUAUUGUUUCUACUUCAUUAAUUGCUGUCAAUCCUAAUCAUCAUAGUAAUAAUAAUAACAAUAAUAAUAAUGGAUUAAUGCAAUUACCUUAUGGUCUUGGCAGUCAACGAUAUGCUAUUUUAUCCUCUACACAAAUCACUAACUCUUAUCAACCAAAUUUAGAUGGUACUAUUUCUGGUAAUGGUGGUUAUCAGUCAGUUAAUCCAUUGAUUAUUCAUGAAACUUUAACUGAUGCAAUUCGUGACAAUCCUGCAGCUGGAUCUCAUGACGAAGUUGCUAUUCGUCUUAUAGUUUCUAGUCAAUCAGAAUUAAGUCAAAUGGAAUUAAUACGGUUACACUGCUUAGCUACUACUUCGUUUGGUCGUAAAUUAAGUGCACCAUUCCGUGUGCUUCCUGCUAGUUUGGGUUCAUUCCCAACUCCUAGAAGUGGUGGACCAUCUUCAUCUCAUACUGAAAAUGUUGAAUUUCUACGAGGGAAUAUUGCUAUUGUUGACUGUUAUUUGCCAACUAAUAGUUUUCCUAAACCAUUAAUUGAAUUUGAAUUAAACAACACCGUUAUUGAUCUUACAGCUUCACAAAAUGAAAAAUACCGUCAAAUUACCCGUCCAGACGGGAAAAGAAUUAGUUUAUUAAUACAAAAUUUUCAACCACGUGAUUGUGGUAUCUAUCGUUGCGUGGCAAUCAAUCCAUUAACUAGAGAAAGGAAAUAUUCACCGGAUGCAGUGAAUUUAAAAAUUAUCAUCCCAGAUGUUCCUGUUGCCGGAAAAAUUCGUGUUCCUAUGGCAUCGGAAUCCAUAGAUCCUCGGAAUUCAGCAGCAUCCCAAGAAAUAGUCGUUCGAGAAGGUCAAAAUGUUACAUUGUUUUGUAUUAUUCAAAGUGCUCCACCUCCUAUUGUCACUACUUAUCCAUUUGAACAAAAUUCCACUGCACAUAACCGUUUUCAUCGACAUAAUUUAUUUGGAUUAUUGGAGAUAAUAAAUGUACACCCUAGCGAUGCUGGUAUCUAUAUUUGUACAAAUCGUCAAUUAAGUUCUACUGCUCAACUACGUGUUCGAAAACGUUUACGUUUAACAACAAAACCUCAAGAUGUACUAAUUAAUCAUUUCGGUGAAAGUGUUCAAUUCAAAUGUACAAGUUCAAAUGAACAAAUUAUACCAUAUUGGUUAUUUAAUGGACAACCAAAAAUUACAGGAAUUGGUAAAAGUGCCUACACUAAAAUUCAUGGUAAUCAUAAUACACUAACGAUAACUAAUGUUACUGUACAGGAUAUAGGAGUUUAUCAAUGUGUUGCACAUCGAUGGGAUCCUGAUCCAGAUCUAGAAGAAUGGGUAUCAGCAUCAGCUGUACUAGCAAUGAGUUCUGAUAAACUUAUUCGUACACCUCAAGAAUUAGCCUUAUUAUUGCCAACAUCGAAACAAGCAAUCAUGGAGGUGAAACCACCAGAAAUAAUCACCGAUAGUUUAACACCGAUUGCUGAACCAGUUUAUGAUAAUUUAGCAGUGUAUAUCACAUGGAAAGCAUACACUAUCACUACUCCCAAUAAAUUGGAAACACAAACUCAUCAUGAUGGUGAUGAUGGUGUUAUCAGUAGCGAUAAUAAUAACAAUAAUAAUAAUAAUCCUGAUAAUAACGCUGGACAAAUUGCUUACCAUGUUGAAUAUUCCAUGCAAAUAAGUCCUGUUGAAAGACAAUAUAUCAAUUCUAAUCCAAAUAACAAUGUUGCUGAUAAUACCAAUAAUAAUAAUAAUGGUAGUAGUAAUAAUGAACAUAAUAAUAAUAAGCCAUCUUCUGAAUUAUCUGAUUUGCCUGCUUUAAUCGGAUUAAUUGGUCAUGAGGCUAUCCUGUGGAGUGAUCCAACUGCACUUAAUCAACAAUUUUCAUCGGCAUAUGCUUAUGCAACUGGUGAUCCGUUACAACCAGGCAGACGUUAUCGUUUUCGUGUCAUCGCUUUGGAUCCAUCUACUGGACUACAUUUAGUCCCACCAUCCGGUUGGUCAAAUAUAGUUAGUAUGGAGCAUAUUAGUCAAGUGGAACCACCACAAAUCAAAGUGGUCCGACCUAUGUCGGAAGGUCGAGUUCAUGUAGUAUGGAUGUUCAAUGGUGUUGGUGAUGUUCCUUCAAAUCCUAAUGAUUUAGGUAUCCUAUCCAAAUCAUCAAGCCCUUCAACUCAAAAUAAUAAUAAUAAUAAUGGUUUAUCACAAAAAGAUAAAUCAUCAGAAAUUACUUCUAAUUCACUAACUACUUUCGGUGAUACAACGCCAUUAUUUCUUAAAGAUUCAAAUAAUGAACAAUUUAUCGCUGAUCAUUUUCUUAUACUUGCACGACCUGUAAUUAAACCAAAACGUGGUUCCGGUGGUACUAUUGAAUAUGGUGCUUAUUGGGCUACACAAGUAAAUGGUUCUAAUGCUAGAGAUGGUUUAUUGACAGGUUUGAAUAAUACUGCAAAUUAUCAAAUUAUAGUUUAUGGAGUUAAAGGAACUGGUGACAACCGACAGAUUACACGUUUCUCUAAAGCAGUCUAUGUAAAUAUGGCUUCAACUGACUACACUGGUCGUUACAGUUUACUGGAUACUUUAAAUAAUAAUCGUUUAUUAUACAUAAUCUUGGGUGGUAUAGCCGGUGUAAUGUUUCUAGUCAUGUUCAUACUGAUCCUGUUGUGUUUAUGUCGUCAACAUCAAGAUCGUCGUACACAUAGUCAACGUAAAAAACAAAAUGGUUAUGUACACGGGUAUAAAGAUUCACCGGAUUUUCAUCAUACUAUUGAUGGAACAACUAGUGGAAUAAAUAAUCCCCAAUUAUCGCAUGGUAAUAUGAUAUCGACUAAUCAAAGUAAUAAUAAUAAUAAUAUGAACACAAAUAAUAAUCCUUCCGGUGCUCUCACUAUAACUCAUACUACUAACAAUAAUACUGCUCUUCCUCAUAGUAGUAGUACACAUGAUCAUCAAAUUAUGCCAUCAGGAACAAUGAUGAUGAUGAUGGGUAAUUUACAAUGUAGUGGUCUAUCGGAACAUUCAGCAUCAAAUAAUCCUGUACAAAAUGAAUUACAGCAUCAAAUGUACAUACAGCAACAACAACAACAACAACACCAAUCUGAUCAAUAUAAUUCCACUUUGGGCAUAUCUAAAGAGGCAGCGUAUCAACAACGUCAAGCUAUACUAGGAUCACAAUUACAAUUACAACAACAACCAUCAUCAUAUAUGACAAAUCAACCAUCGUUAUCGCAUCAUCAAUCACAUCAUUCUCUAUUGCUUCCGUCUGCUGGUGGUGGUACCGGUAAUUCGAAUUAUCAUAUACUUUCUGGACAAAAUAAUAAUACUAAUAAUAGUAAUGUACUUUCACCAACAAUGUUUCAUAGUGGUACUUUACCAGGUGGUGGACCACGUUAUUUACGACAACAAUCAUGUAAUUCACAUUAUUUCGGUAGUCAACAACCAUUAGAUAGAAAUAUGGUUAGUCCAAAUGCAAUGGAAAUGACUGAACUAUAUCAUCAACAAUAUCAGAAUGGUUACGCUUAUCAACAGCCACAAUUACCGCCGAUUCCACAUCCACAAUCAUCAUCAGGUCUACCACCCCCGUAUCCAACACCAUUGAGUAACAAUGGGACCAUAAAUCGUCAAAUGGUGUUAAAUCAACAACAAAAUUUUUAUCCUUCUUCAAUGACACCUAGUGGUGGGGCUUCGUUAAAACGUGAACCUCCAACUGGCAGUGGUGGGGUCAAUGCUGGUGCACUACAGGAUGGAUCGGGUUAUGGGACAUUAGUCCAACGUGGUGGAGGUCCAUUAACUGCUUCCAUGAUGACUGACCCAUCAAUUGGUAGCGGUAUUAAUGGUGUACCAAUGAAUGCUGUUUAUUAUCGUGGCAGUCAGCAGGCAUUACAUAUGUACCCUAAUGGAAUGAGUACUCCUCAAUCUCAACAACAACAUCAUCAAGGUGGCGGUGGUGUAUAUCAAUCAAAUCAACAACAGGCAUUUUAUAUGCAACAACAAAUGCAACAUGCUCAAAUGUAUCCAGGUUAUUUUAGUCCACAGCCUCAGUCACAUUUCGAUUCUAUGGGACAUAUGCAUCAUAAUUUCAAUCAUACUGACGGCGAAUCGGUCUAUUCAUAUUUUAGCCAACAAGAUAUGAAUCAACCUGGUCCACACCAACAUUUAAAUCCAUUGCCUGAAGAAAAUCAACUAAAUCAAUGUGAAAAUGGUCCCGGUUACGUGGACUCUAGUAUUCAAACAGCUGAUAUGAAUGACGGGGGUGACGGCACAACAGCUACGGCGGCAGUAGGCACAACUACAGAUCCUGGUACCGGCGGUAGUCCAGUCGCCGGUGGUGGUAGUCAUCGCCAUCAUCGUCGAAGGAGGCGUAAACAGUCACAACAACAACAAUCUCAGUCAUUGUCACAACAACCCGCAGAUAUGUCGGAUACAUCAAGAAAUGUUGGUGUCGAUGAUCCCGCUACUGGUGGCAGCGGUGGGAUGGUGAUGAUGGACCGUUUACAAAACCAAGCACAAUCAGUUCGUGGUUCACAAAUGGAUAUAGGUGUAGUACAGAAACGACAACAUACUCUAUCUCCUGGACCGUAUUCCGAUACAGAUCCAAUGAUGAAUGGUCAAUCUAACAUGCCACCUGGUCAUCAUUCUUAUCCACAUCCAAAUGGAUCGAUGGAACCAUCACCAAUGUCAAGAUAUAUUCGUUAUGAUUCACCUCAACGUGCUCCAUCCGUACUGGGUCAAUUACCACCUCCUAAUCAACCUCCGCCGCCACCACCUCCCCCAGCUGUAGCAGCUAUGGCAUUCGCUGCCCAGAUGAAUAGCUCAGAUCAUAGCCGACACAAUUCAAUGACUUAUCAACAACAUCAUCAUUUUAAUCCAGAUUCCCUUUCGCGUCACAUUGGCGGUGGCAGUGGGGUCGGUGCUGCUACUGGUGGCAGUUCCGGAGUUUAUCACCCAUCUGGUUCUGGUACUACCGGUUUAUUAGUCGGUCCACCACCUCGUAUACGUGACUAUUCGGAAUAUGGUAUUCCACGGGGUAUUGGUCUUCCGCCGACACCAGCUGCUGCGGGAGGCGGUGGACAACCGCAACCACCACAGCACAAUGUCUUGAUGUCACCUGGUGGUGUCAACAAUAAUAUCAAUAAUGCUAAUCAUGGAAGCGUGUAUUAUGACGGUCAUUAUCGCGAAGGUCAAGCAUAAAUUCACUUCUUUUUAGACCUAUUACUAACGAUUCUGCUUCUUCAUUAGUUUUCCUGUCGAAAAUAACAGCUUCUGUAUUAUAAUACACAAUCAUAAGUGAUCGAUCUACACCAUAUUGCUUUACCAAUCAUUGAUUAGUAUGAUUAUCGUUCGAAUUUAUUCUGUAUCAUAAUGUGCUGUCGUUUAUAUUCACUGUCGUUCCUGUACGUUGAUUCGUUAAACCAGCAUUUUUUGUUUGUCUGUUUGUUUGUUUGCUUGUUUUUUUUCUCUCUCUCCCCCCGCUUGAUACGCUUUUUUAAUGUUUAUCCUUUAGACAAUUCAAUCUCUGUCUAUAUCAUUAUCAAUCAGUUACGGGAUAUAUGCACAUAUAUAAGUGUAAUUGUCACCAUAUUUGUUUAUAUGUUAUAUGUGAAUAAGUUAUGUAAGAAAGUUUACACUUAUUACUCUGUGUUUCGUUCUAAUCUUUCUCGAUUAUUGUGGAAUAGUCGGCGUAUACGCAUGGCUAACUUAUUGGCUUGAUCUCUCUCUCUCUCUCUUCCCUGCAUUCGAUCAUCUCAUGUGUGUGUUUUAAGUAGAAAAACACAUAAACCGAUCGCGUAUUACAAUUAUUUUAUCAUUAUAUUGUUUCUAUUCGCAAUCUCAUCUAUGUUUAGCAAUCCAUCAAUUUGUUUGUUUUAACGUUAAAAGGUUGCCCGCUUUUUCUGAAUACUCUUUUUUUGAAAUCUAUGUGAUUGUUUUUUCUCCUUAAUUAUUCAAGUUGAUUUAUACACCUUUUCUUUUUCCCAUUCAAAAGGAAUUUCACCCAUAUACAAACACUCUGAAUAGGAAGUACUAGUAUGAGGAUGAGUACUGUAGCAAUACUACUACUACUACUACUACUACUGUUAGUAGUAUAAUUAGUAGUAUUAGUUUAAAUCAACACUUCCUUUUAUCUUAACCAUCUUAUUUGCAUCAUAUUGUAUGGGUAUUAUUUACUUUUUUCCCCGACUGUAUCAUCUUUUCAAGUUUAUUUCAUGCAUUUGUAUUAUAUAUGCACGUGUUGUAUGUAUUUUACCUUUCCCUAUCGUAAACAUUAUCACAUCUCUAUAUACUACCUAUCUCUACUACUAAUAGUAGUAUUAAAAGUUACCAUAACUUAAUUUUAUUUACGUUAAUUUAAUCCGUAUUUUCUUUUUCUUCAUUUUUAUUAUUCUAGACUAAUUAUGCAUGUAUAUUAUUGAUUCAUUGUAUUUUUUAUUGGUUCCAUUAUAUGUACUUCAAUUACAUGUAUUGUGUUUUCUUUUGCCGGUUAUCACAGACUAUUUUGUUCUAUAACCUCUCUCUCUCUCUCUCUCUGUCCUAUCAAAUUAACCAAGUAAACAUUUACUGGCCACACGACAUGGCUACUUAAUCACUAAUCAUCAGUUCAUUCAUUACUAUGCCAUUAUUAUAUUAUGUAAUUACUAUUGUUUUGUAGAUAUGUACAGUAAUAGUAUGUAUAUAUAUAUGUAUGUAUGUGUGUGUAUGUGUUUCACUACUCUGUGUGUAUGAUUAAAACUUAUAUUUGCUUACUAAAUAUUAAUAUAUAAAAUACACUUUGACUUAUUCUCUACAUGAAUGAAUUGCCUUAAUUGUCCUUUUUCAUAGACAAAAUUAUUUUACUUACCAAUAUAUCUAGGUUCUGUGUAUAUUCAAUCCUUUGAUGAAGUAUUGCAUACACAAACACACGCGCACACACACACACAACCACAUCAAAUCCCAUGUCUUUGUUGCCUUUCUUAUAUUCCUGCUUAUUUCAUCAUGAUUUCAUUACAGAAAAAGAAAGAAACAUUAUCAUCCCGGUUUUAAAUAGCUUUUAUUCACUUUGCUUAUGUCUAUGUAAGUGUAUGUAUGUAUGUAUGUAUGCGUGCUCGCAUGUAUUCUUAUUUCAUUCAUUGCCUCUUGACAACAAAAAUGCUUACAUUAUCAAGUUGUAGGUAAACCGUUUUGCAUUAUCCUUACAGUUUACUCUCUACAUGACAAUGUUUUUUUUUCAUAAUGAAGCAAAGAAAGAAAAAAAGACUUCACAACCACACACACACACACAUUCUUUUUUUCUUUUCUCUUCCAAUUGUUUCUAAUACCAUUCAUAUUUUGCAUAGUUUGAAUAGUUGUCUUCUCUUGUUUGAUUCUUUUAUUCUUUACAAGUCAUUAAAUAUAUAUAUAUUUAUUGAAAUGUAACUAUAAUUGUACGCAUUCACCCCGUUCAAACUCUCUGAAUUCAUUCUGUUGUAUGUCAGUUAUUUUAAUGGCAAACAAAAAAAAAUUAUAAUCUUACGUCAUGUAUCCAUAUACUUGUAUCGUCGUACGUUCCAUGUCUACUACUACUACUAGCACUACUACUACUACUAUCACCACUAAUAAUAAUAUUGACAAUCAUGCAUCUAUAUAUAUUAGGUGUGUAGAUUGAAAUUCAAACAAAUGUGUGAGGUAAUUACUUUUCCAAGUGUUAUUAUGCAUCUUUGUUAAAUAAUAUUAUGACUAUUGUUAUGAAAGAAUUAUGUACAAUUUCUAUGCCGUUCACUAUUCUGUUUAGUUUAAUGAUAGUUUUUAAUUAAUCAAUCAAUAUCUGGUCAUUUGUUU